CGCUACCGUUGACAGCCCUAAGUGUUUUCAUUACCCGUCACCAAGCAGAAGAGGAAAGGAAGAAGGAUGAAAGUAAGAAAGAGACAGACUUAUUUAUAAAGAAAUAUGGUAUAUCUUCUUCUACAAAAGACACAACGAGGAGUGAAAAAAUGGAACACUUUUCACCUAAAGAUAAAUGUGAUAUUUUAUUAUUAGGUAGUGGAUGGAUAUCCACCUUCGCAGUUCCAGGUUUAGUAUCAAAGGGUUUCACAGUUGCUGCAACGACGCGGAAAGCGACACCUGAUGAUAAAUUUGAUAGAAUUGAGUUCACAUUUGACGACUCCCUGGAUAUUGAUCGGGAAGUUGAGAAAUUACCAAAAGCUAGGACCGUUGUUGUUGUAUUUCCUAUCCGAGGAUCUGAGAGGACGUCCAAGUUAGUCGACGCCUACACACGCUUAAAAGGUAAUUCACAGUGGAUUCAACUCGGUAGUAGCGGCAUAUGGGGCACGAAUGAUGAUUUGGUUUCACCAUGGAUAGAUAGAUUUACACCUCCAGACAUCACAAAUGAGAGAUGUAUCGCUGAACAAGAGAUGCUCUCACUGAGUACCCAAGAAAGACCAACUUGCGUACUCAAUCUUGCUGGAUUGUACGGCCAAGAACGCAAGCCAUCUAACUUCCUCAAAAGAGUCCAGGAUAAACUAGAAACGAAAGGGAGUGUGCAUUUUGUACAUGGUGUUGAUGUCUCGAGAGCUAUCUUGCUCCUUCAUGAGGCUUUCACACCUGGCCAGAGGUGGCUUUUAACUGAUGGCCGUGUACACGAUUGGUGGAAUAUCGCACUAGAUAAAGGCGAGCCUGGUAGUAUUGCUCGCGUUAAAGUCCAAGCAUUGACUCGCUUGCUUGGUAUAAAGGCACUCCCUCGUCCAAUUUGCGAAACAAUACCAAGAGAUAGCAACGAUAAAUCACAUUGUCUUAUAAGAGCACUAGAUAGUAGCCACUUCUGGACGCAUUUCGACGAAGCUCCUCUUAGUGGUGGUCUAUCAUAGGGUUCUUUCUCUAGCAAAACAUCACAUCAUUGUAAAAGUAAGGAAACUAUUACAUUACAGUAAUAUUACUUCUAUUUUUAUAUCUCCAGUCGAGAUCUUCAUAGAAUUGUUUAUGCCUAAAUUAACGACAUGAGAAAUAUUAGUGACUUGAUUUAUACACCCACGUUGUCUUGUAUA